UCUACAUGAAAUAAAGAUAAGAUCUUAAUCUUAACAAUCUAGGUCUUAGAUUUCACGGUAUGGGCAUUAAACAAGUGUUUACUUCUGUAUAGCCUUUUUGAUGAGUACCCAGCAAUCCCACUUCUACGAAUGUCUAUCAGUGAAAUUCCAGCUUAGCUCUGUAGUGGCUUCAUAGAAUCCAGUCAUUGCAGCAAUUUCAGGCAGCAGAGAGUUGGGGCAACCUGCAUGUCCAUCACCAGAAUGAGUAAGUACUGCAGUGAAUACAAGUUUGUGUGAAGUUUCAUGCUCUGCAGGAGUCACAACUAAUGAAGCAGAGGUAUAUAUAUACCAAAAACAGGUGGAUUUUUCAGUGCAAAGUAAAAUCUAAGAAACAAAAUGUAUAUCAGGAUGUAUAGUACAAUACCAAAAUUAAAAUUACAGAGUUACACAAAAUACAGUGGGUGAGGCAGUAGCUGAAUGACUAAUGCCAGAGGGAAUGGUGGCAAAUUGUGUGAAGAGGGGAAGAAACUAAGUUAAAUUAUCUGAUUGGCACACUUGUCACCUCUUGGAAGACACCUGAUUACACUCAGUUCCCUGCCCUCUUGCUGGCCAGGAAGAUAACUGGUCACAGGUGGCCCCCUGACCCCACCUCACUCCACAGUUUCUUAUGGCAAAGCGUUUCCUUGACAGAAAAUGCUAAACGUCGCCAAAGCCCCUCCCUUGGGGUCCUGGUUUCUAAAAAGUCUUUUUUUCUGUAAUCAAGAGGUUAAUGUUUGGGUGUGUUGGAAGGAUACAGAAAAAGGCAUAGCACAGUAUGGACAAUGGUCUUGAAAUAAAAUUCCUCCUUAUUCUGCCUGAAGUUUCCUGACAUGAUGACACGGUAUUUAUGAGGAUGUGGGUCACUGGGCGAAAGCCUUCCUUGGUCUUGAAUCAUGGAUUUUGGGUAUUGUUGGUUUUGGUGAAUGGAAUAUACAAGGAAAGAAAAAAAGGGCCACAAAUAUGAAAAUGCUCUAAAAGAAGCAAUAAUUUCACAAUACUGAACGUGAGCCAUUCAGGAAAUGUCCAUUUUAAAUUUUAAAGAUAGCUCCUGGGUGAACGGUGGUUUUUGUAAUGCAGCGGUUGUCACGUGUGCCACCCACGCGAAAUGGAAACUGGGCAGAAAUAUCUCCUUAUGGGUCUCUCUCUCUCCGUCUCUCGCUCUCUACUUCAGCUUGGGUAAUUUGUUUCACUAAACUCAACUCAAGCUCUCUUAAACCCAGGUCUGGUGCUUAAAACAAUAUGUCUUUAUUCCCUUACAGGUCUAGGGGUCAGAAAUCUGCAAUCAGUUUCGGUGGACCAAAAUGAAAAUGUCAAACAGGGUGUCUGACACCCUCCAGAAGCACCAGAGGAGAAGCAGCUUUCCUUGGCCUUCCCAGCCAAAUCUCCCUCUGCCUCUCUCCCCUGGUGACGACAAUGGCUGGGGUCUUGACUUGCCAAGAUCUGGAAACGGAGAAGGGACUGGAUCUCCAAACUUGGACUGCCUUGGACUGCGCCUGGCCUGGAAGGUCUGGGUCCAGGACUCCGAGCUCAAGUCAGUCUGUUCCCCCAACCCCUAACCCACUGCAUCCGGGUGAGGAGUUGGGCCCGAGCGCCACAGCGCAGGUAGGGUUGUUAGGAGCGAAAGACUGGAGACCCAGGGACUGUGGGGCUGGGCUGGUGGGGCCACUGCUACCGACUAAGCAGUACAGGCCGCCUGGAAGACCCAAGGCGGAGUUCGCUGAUGCGGAAGCCAAGGCACAGGAAAAUAAGGAUCCGCGCCAUUUCUUGUGAUGUCACCUGAAGCCUUGGCGGGUAGGUGCCUCUCAUCCAUUCGGAGCACAGGGCUCCAGCCACCGGCAGCUCUGAAAGAGUUUGAAGAAUUUAUUGUUCACAGAUGGUAUUUAAAUGGACUUAUUUCUAAAAGUCACAUUCCUAUAUUACUUAUUUGUUAUUAGAAGUACCCAUUUUCAUAUGUGUUUAAAACUAUUUGUGUCUCUAAUUCUCAGGAGAUUGGUGCAUCCCAGUUUACUCUUUUUGGCAUAUGUUUUUACUCAUAAAUUAGGUUAAAUUUCAUACUUGUUUAAUAAAAUUUAGUUAUUUGGUUACAUUAAAAUAUUUGUAUCCAGA